AUGUCAGCCACACCACAUCUCAUCACGAGAACCAAGGAGUACUACCAAAUCGAUCUCACCACAAGGCUACCCCCGGGGACCGACAGCAUCGAUCAGCUAAACAACAACCCAAGGCAGCCUAGGCCGCCAGCAGAGGCUAAGCGGCCUGUCCCAGAAUGGCCACCGUUGUCGGAACGAAAAGGCAAAUGGAUUGCCAAAUACCUAGACACGCUGGAUCCCGAAACCGAGUACGAUCAGAUCAUUCGGACAGCCAAUUUUUUUGCCGGCACGAGUUUCGCGGUAGCCAUUGGAUAUUGCUCAACAUUUGUACACCUAGUACAAACCCCCGCUGGCGCGGCUGCUAUUCACCACGGCGGAAGAGUCUACAAGCGUGGCCACCAACGCUUCUAUGAGACCCAAAACCACUUUCUAGAUUGGAUGUGGUAUGGAAGCGACUCUGAUGAAACGAUAGAAGAUAUCGAAAGCGUCAACAAGCUGCAUGCCGGCCUAUGGAGGAAUGUCCCUGGAACCUUUUCUUCCCCUUGGGAAGGUAUGAUGUCCGUCAUUGGUUCUGCAUACUUCGAGACAUACCUACGGAAGCUCGUUGGGGCGCGCAAUCAGAAACCCCAUCCCCAUCUAGCCGCGGCGUGGCCUGCUUGGGCCGAACGCGUCUGUUCUCACUUUCGGACGGAGCCGGGAGCCAACUUUCGGGAUUAUGGUGCCAAUUUCCCCAGAAACUGGACAGAACUCGAAGAUUUCUACUUAUGGUUCCAGAGUUUGCCUUUCAAGGAGUAUACCAAUGACGAAGACCGUCAGAAGGGCCAUGAGAUUGCCCAGGCAUUCCUUGAUCAAUUCAGCACACUAUGGUUUCCAAGACAGUUACACUGGCUCGGACGUAGUGUUCUCUUGACUCUGGUAUCUGAAAAGGUGCGCAAGCAGCAGCAGCUUGGAUCGCCAAAUUCUAUCAUAGCGUCAGGAAUCAAGCUUGGGUUUAAACUGCUGUUCGAUGUAACAGACAUUAUGCCAGACCCUGUUACACCUGCAUUGUUAGAGGAGUAUCGAGCGGUAAAGGCGUGGAAGUGGCAUCAGAUUGAUGUUCAGGUUAGGAGAGAGUGGCAUCACCGAGAGCGGAUAUUAGAUGUGGUGCUCUUCGCAGCAUCUAUCCUUAUCCUGUUUGCUUACUAUGAGGCUUCGAAGCUCCUUGCUAAAACCUCAACACUUAGCGGAGAUAUUUUAACACAUAUAAGAACUGCUAAGCUAUUGCAAGAUAAGAAAACUUAA